GCAUCAAUAAUGAAGCGUGAGGCUGAUAAUAAAAAAAUUUGGAGUGAAGAAAGUGGAAAGUUGUUGAAGAAUUAGGAGCGGCCACGUCAUACAUUUAACAUCUAAUCUUAUGACAAAAUGGAUAAUUAUGUUUAAUUAUGUUUGCACUUUCCUCUCCUUCGCGCUCCCCCAAAAUUUCCCCCAAAUUUCCCUCUCUCAAAUCUCACUAAUUUCUCUCACACUUCUCACUCCUAGCUCAUAUGAUUUUUUCUGUCAAUUUUCGACUGCCAUAACUGUUUUUGCAGGAAAGAGAUUGGAAAGCUGCUGCUGCUGCCGUUAAUUGAACUUGCAUGACGAGCGCUUCGGAGCUAUUCUACCAGCGGAGGUCGCGAAUUGGGCGUCAUUCGGAUUCGUUUGGCGUCGGGUCGGAUUUGGGCUCUCCUCCGCCGCCUCUGUGGAUCAAUCGCCGCCACCGUCACAACAACAGUGCCGGAGGUAAUCACAGUCGCCGAGAUCGACUCGACCCCGACGGCUGCAAUCCGUUGCGGCGCUCUCUUCAUCACUCGCGCCAGACCUCGCUCCAUCGCUCUUCUCACCAGCCUCAGGAACGUGAAUCGGUUCGACCUGAAGAAGGCAGCCACCAGUUUCCUCCAGGCAAUGUUAUCCAUCCUGAACCUCAAGUUAAUGAACGAGAUAGGCUGAGAUUAAGUGGGAAUGACAGGCUUCCGGGAGCUGUGCUGCUUGCUAGAGAAAGACUUCUGCAAAGGCUGAGAGGUGUUACUCUUUCCGGCAGCAGGCGGAGUAACAGGAACUCAUCUGAUAGCCAACGUAGUGACUUUGCAAUUGGGGAUGAUUUCAGACUUGUGGAUGCUGGGGAUUGGGAAACAGAAAUAUCUAGGGAGUGGCUUGCAGCAACAGCUCCCUUCACUGGUUCAGUUGUCCAACAUCUGAACAAGAGGCCUCCAGGACUUACUCAAGAGGCACUGAGCUGCUUGCCGGUCGAGGUAUUCUGUGUCACAGAGGAAAGUGACGAAGAGCAUGUGUCAAGGGCAUCAAGGGAGUGUAGCAUAUGCCUGGAGAGUUUCUUGGUGGGAGAUCAGCUGAUUUGUCUACCAUGUGGGCACAGGUAUCAUUUUUGUUGCUUGGAUCCCUGGGUUCGGUCUUGUGCAGACUGCCCAUAUUGCCGGAGGAGUAUUGAUGUGACUUCUGAGAGAGUUAAAAAGGAUCCAGAAUGUUGAUAAGGUCUUUUGUAAUGCUGUGUUGUAGUUUUUUACGUCUGUGUUGUUAUCAUUCCGCUUUAGCGAGUAUUAAGAAAUCUUGCUUGUGUUUUAUUGUUUCUACUCUGACGUCUAAUGUAACUUGAACAAAGUUGUAAAUUGGCUUUGAGUGUACAAUAAAAGACGGGAGAACUUGACUACA